AUGAAUAAAGGGUACAUUAAAACAGCUUUUGUUCUUUUAAGUUUGAUUGUAUACUCGAGCAAUAGAGCCAUUGCAAGUGAGUCAGUUCCAGAUGUGGGAAAUUCUAACACCGUUUCUAAAAAAAAUAUUGCUAGUUCGAAUGAAAAUCGUGAAAAAGGGAACUUACAAGCGUGUAUUGAUCCUGAAGAAACUGAAAAAGCAACAGAAAUUAUGGACAAAGCUAUAUAUCGCUUAAAACACCAUGAUUAUCUUAAUAACGGUUACAAUUAUUAUUUUUUAAGGGAAAUAAAAGGAUCUAUAUGUUUUACGAAAUAUGGAGAUAAUGACAUUGCAAGAUUUUAUCUUAGGAUCCGCAAUCAAAAUAAUUAUAAUAAAAUAGUAAAAAUGUUAUAUGAAGCCAAGGAUUUAUAUAGUUUAGGCUCCAAUGAUAGUAAAGGAAAAGUUAUUCGUGAAUACUAUCCAAAUUUAAUAAUGUUACAAAGAUCUAAUCAAACCCGAAAUACACCACCCAAUAAAUAUAAUUUUAGCUUAUCUGCAAUAGCUGAAAUAUCAGAAAAUAUAACAAUAAUUGCCAAUACAUCUAUAAAUGUAAAUGACGACAUCAAUGUCAAUAAAAAAAAAAAAAAAAAAAAGACUACCGCAAAAAGUGCAGAAUUAUCCAAAGAUCAUAUUGAUUUUGACAAUGCUGCUAGACAGAUAGUAUUAAGAAAUAUGUUUACUGAUUUUUUUGGAUUUAUUAUUAAAAGAGAAAGUGAUCAUGUUAGUAUUACCUAUGUCGAAUAUAAUGUUCGCUAUAACCCAUGUCCAAAAGAUUUGAAUAUAAGCGAAUGUAAAAGAUGUAAAGGAAAAAGUAUGUUAAUUAUAAUGAGAAAAAUCCUAAACACCUUUAAUGGUUAA